AUGCGCUGUGACCCAGCGGUGUCGGGGAUGGGCGGACGACAGAGCAGCCCGGCCUCAGACGGUCGGACACGGGCGUACUCGGGUUCGGACAUCCCUUCCAGCACCGGCCGGGGACCUAUCAGGAGCCCGGCAGGGGUGGCUGCCUCCACCUCGUCCCCCCUCUCCAGGUACCCGUACAGUCCGGCAGGGGCGGCCGGCAGCGGAUCCGGAGGAUCGGAGCACACGCCGCCGGCUUUGAACGCCCGUAGCCGGUCUGUAGGGGGGAUCCGCGGCCAGGCCCCGCUCAGCCAGGCCGGGCUGAAUAUUCCUGGAGCUGCUCGGGAUUCCGGCAACAGCACACCCGAAGAGGGAGGCAGAGAGCGGGCACCGGGGGGAGGGGGAGGCUCCAGGCUGCUGAUUGGAUCGCUGCCUUCUCACCUCUCCCCGCACCUCUUUGGAGGAUUUAAGUGCCCAGUCUGUUCAAAGUUCAUUCCCACAGACGAAAUGGACUUACAUCUUGUGAUGUGCUUAACAAAGCCAAGAAUAACGUACAAUGAGGAUGUACUCAGUAAAGAUGCUGGAGAAUGUACAAUAUGUCUGGAAGACCUACAACAAGGUGAUACAAUAGCCAGAUUACCUUGCCUAUGUAUAUAUCACAAAGGCUGUAUAGAUGAAUGGUUUGAAGUAAACAGAUCUUGUCCGGAGCAUCCAUCGGACUAGAGUCUGAAUGACCCAUACAAUAGGUAAAUUGCAAAUAAAAGCUUUAUUUCCCUGCUUGUAUGAACUGUGUGACCUGAGGAGCGGACAUCUACAGCGGCUACAGAGAAGGCUUGUGUAGGCCUCACCGCCUUAGAACUUUAUGAUAUUUGAACUCUAGAUUUGAUGGAAAAGAAUGAAGACAAUUUCCUCAGAGUUCUGUGUGCCAAACAUUCUCCAUGAGGACACACACAGGGAUUUUCAAAAUGCUGCACAAAAAA